AACAUAAAAAAAAAGAGAUAAACCCCAAAUAUCAGAACCUAAAACCCCCCAACAAAGCCCUUUUCCUCUGCCAUUAGCCUCAGCAAGCAUGGCCACCAUCACCGCCAGGUCCCUCCUCCGCUCCGCCACUACCUCCGGCCGAACAUCCGCCGUCAGACUUGCCUCCGGCUCCAAGACGAAGGUCUCCCCCUCCCCUUUUCGUAUCCCUCCACAGAAACCACUCACCGCUCGCAUUUUCAGGUCACCUGUUGAAUUGAGCUGUGUAAGAGUUGAAACAAUGUUUCCAUAUCAUACUGCUACGGCCUCAGCAUUGCUGAAUUCGAUGCUAUCUGCCACUCCUCGAAGCUAUGGUUGGACUCUUGAAGAUUGCAACGAUGAUUUAUGAUGAAUGUCAGAAGGUUCAAGCAAAGUUUCACCAUGCAGUCUACGAACUAAGAGAAUAUCUGAACGUAGGGUACAGUAGGUGCUCCAAAGAAGAAACAUAUGUUUUUUUCCCUGUAACUGUCAUUUGAUUUUUGUUUUAAAUGACUACUUUUGUGAUUUGUUAGAUGCUGAACCCCCUUCACUGAAUUCUGGAUAUCCUACUUGAGAGUUAUUUUAUUACUCCCAAGUAUUUACUUGUUGAAUGACUUCUUAGCUCA